AUGUUGAAUGUACUGUUGCCGCUCUUGAUCUUUACUGGAACUAUUCGUGGCCUGGAGGAAUUGCUGAAGGACCGUCUUGUCUUCGCAGCAAACAUACUCCUCAAUCUUGCAGGCUGGACGACAGCCAUCUCUUUAUACAACUGCCCAACCCCUCAAGGUGCCAAUAGCGUCAACCUUGAUCGUCUCAUCAAGGUCCCGGCCAAGGCUGUCAACGUGCCUGUCGCCAAUCUUGCCCUCUACCUUGCUUCUCUACCCCUCCAAACUUCUGACCGCUCCUAUGAUGAAUCCGAACCCCGCCCCGCCCCGCCUUGGCUCCCCCCUCGACUGGGACCCCUCCGAAAACCCCCUGAGAGUUGUGCCUAUGGUGCCUGUGUGGUGGCUUUGGUGCUCUGUGCAACCACAAAGAAGAUCGUCACCUCAACUCAAAACACACCUCACAUCACCCACGACAACCACAAUGGAGUACGUAGUAGCCAAUACAAACACGCCUUUGCUACAUCUACGACGACAUCGUUACGCCAGACCGCCAGCAUAUACCGGGGACCAUCACGCCAGUGGCGUACCAUCGUGUUCCAGCCCUCUGAAGCUUCCCAGGCUAGCCCAAGGACCCUGGACUAG